CAUCCAUUUCGUAAAAGUUUUCCCCUCAAAGCUACAACAAUAUGAAGGUGAACAUCCUAAAGACCACCAUUGUGAGGCCUAGUGACAAAGACGAGGCAAACCCUGAUCAUCAUGGUCGUCGUCGAUUGUGGCUGUCCAAUCUGGACCUCGUACACGGUAAGGUCCACGAGUCGACGGUUUACCUCUACAAGCCGUCGGAGAGAAAUUACUUCGACAUCGAGCUGCUAAAAGAGGCCCUGAGUCGGGCACUCGUCCCCUUCCAUCCGCUGGCAGGUCGUUUGGCCAGGGACGAGAAGGGGAGAAUCGAGGUGGACUGCAACGGAGAAGGCGUGUCGUUUUUCGAAGCCGAGUCAGAUGCUUCGUUGGACGAGCUUGGCGAGUUCAUGCUUGGAGAUGAGCUACUCAAGCUGGUCCCUAGGGUUGAUUACUCAAAUCAUGAGAUCUCUUCUUGCCCUUUGGUGCUUCUUCAGGUGACGAGGUUCAAGUGUGACGGAUUGAGCCUUGGGACAGCAAUCCACCACAGCGUGGCCGAUGGUGAAUCGGCUCUGAGCUUCAUCAAAACAUGGUCCAACCUGGCUCGAGGCCUUCCUGCAGCCGUCAAACCGUUCAUGGACAACACCAUUCUUCGAGCCAGGAACCCACCCUCCCCAAAGUUCCAUCAUUUCGAGUACGACCCGGCCCCAACCCUAAUCAACAACCCUAACCAACCCGGAAACCGCACCACCAUGGCCAUCUUCCGGUUCGAACCGGACCAACUCAACGCCCUGAAAAAGCUGGCAAACCCAACCGGCACAGCUAGUAAAAUACGGUACAGCACGUACCAGAUCCUGACGGCCCACAUCUGGCGCUCCGCGAGCAAGGCCCGCGGUGGCCUUGCUCCCGACCAGCCGACCAGGCUCCACAUGGCGGUGGACGGCCGGUCGAGGCUGACGAUCCCGCCGGUCCCUUCUUCCUACUUCGGCAAUGUGAUCUUCCACGCCGCUCCCGUCGCCACGGUCGGCGAGCUAACUACGGAGCCACUGGUUCGAACCCUGGAGAGGAUUCGAGAUGCCAUCGACAAGAUGGACGACAGCUACCUGAGGUCGGCGAUCGAUUACCUGGAGGACCCCGACGGUGACGACCCGGCUAGCGUGAUGCAGGUUGGGGGCACGUGCCGGUCGCCGAACCUGAAGAUCGUCAGCUGGAUCCGGCUGCCGUUGGAGUGUUGCCGUCCGGCGGGUUUGUUUGAAGGGUAUGGAAACCUUCUUCCUGGGAGUGGUGAUGAUGGGAGUCUUAUUCUUGCGAUUUGCCUCGAGGUGGAAGCUAUGGUGGCGUUUAAGAUAAUUUCUUGCCCGAUUCGGGAGUUGGGCAGGGCCAAGGAUCUCUACGUCAGAAGCCGGACGAGAUGCGAAGUGGUUGAUCAUUUGACGAAGUGGUUAACUAGUGACUUGGUGGUUAACUAGUGACUUGGUGAUUAAGUCUGUGAAAGGGAUGGGUUAAAGUCCAUAUAAUUUCUGGUAAUGGGAGACCCAAUUCCCCUCUAAUACAACGUUAGAGGCUGAAUUCAAUGUGGAAAACUUAUUAUCAGAAAUUGAAGCACACAAUUUGUCAUCCCGAGGUAUGUGCUUGUUAUUCUGCAUGAGAGAAGAGGAUGAAGUUCAAAACUUCUUAAUUGAAUCUUUGAAAAAGUGUAUGAUGCGGGUACACGAAUAAGAGAUUCGACCUACGUAAGCAUGAAGUGUAGCCGCUUCAAGAAACCCGGACUUUGGUUUCGUGUGCGCUUAUGAGAAGGAUUGGACACAUGGCGGAUAAUAGUGUCAAGGUGCUUAGAAGUUUUGAAAACUUAAGUGUAUGUUAUCUUCGAAUAUUCAUAUGAGUCAAUGGGUUCAAUCGUUACCGACACCCUUUGUAUUCGAAUAUUUGUCAAGUGUAAUAUACUAAGGUGAAAAUUCAAUCGUCACGACAUUUUCAUUUAUGCUUAAGUUUUGAUGAAAGAAUGUUGUAAUUUUAGUGAAUUCGUUGAAGGGGAGGAAUGUUGGAAUUUGACGGAUGUCAUGGUAACCAUGGUGAUGACGUGAGGUCAUGAAGCGUGUGCAAGAAGCUAUGCAUCGCAUGGUUUGGAUGAAUGCAACGUUUCACAUCUCAUCACAACCGUCACAACUCACAAAUUCAAGACUAACCAAUCAACUUCCAUUUUCAUUCAAUAUUCCCACGUGAUGGUUUUGCUUAAUUGGAUAAGUUUGGAGUGGAAGAACACAUCCCUCCAGUUCAAUUGCAUGAACUAAUGCAUGCUUCCAAAUUAAACCAAUGAAACGUGUGGGUUUCUGUAACUGCCAAAGGUGAAAGAAUGCAACCUUUCAAAGGUUGUCUUUCAUGCCCUAUAAAUUCAGGGUCUCGGCAGUUGGUAGCAGAACACACCAAAAAUUCAUUCUUCUUCCUACUAAACUUCUAAGUGUGCUUUAGGUAAUUAAGCCUGAAACCUAAAGUGGUGAUAGUUUUAUCCUACGAAAAAAUUUCCUGUAACCCUAGGCUUGUUGAGGGUGGAAAUAUUCUUUACGGAAAGUGAACGUUGUUCACGACUCUAUCAUAAUCCUAGUCACCCGGUCUCGGGCUAUCGUACGUAUACCCUCGUCCCUAAAAGUCCCAACACCACAUCCAGUCAUCCAGUACACCUCCUUUCCCCGCAGCUUCAGCGCUGCCCCCUCCAUCUCAAACAACGAAGGCGGCGAGGACGUACGUCGAGCAGCUGCGGCAGCAGAGCUUCGUUUUUGUUUUAUUUAUUUUUUAAUUAAUUGUGAUAAUGAGUUGGAAUUUUAAUCGAAUUAUUUUAUUAUUUUUUAAUUGUCACGUCACCUAUUUAACAGUCAAAUCUCAGAGUUGACUGUCACGUCAGUUAAAAUUAACGGAGCCUAAAGGAGAGUGACCCAACUUGAACGGUUGAACUAAUUUUAGUGACCAUAAAUAAAAUAAAUUAAUCUUAGUGGCAAACGUGAUAUUUUUUAGUAAUUCCAGUAACCAAAGUUGCAAUUUAGCAUUUUUUAAAUUUAUUGACGGAAUGGCUACUUCUCUGUGUUUUCCAAAAUAUAGCUUUGUGUGAAAGAAAAUACAAGAUCAUAUAUGAAAUUACAGCUCCCUGACACAAAAGUUGAAUACCAAACUCGAAAAGAAAAAAAAUCUCCACAUUGAGUAAGAUCGAUAUGUAAAAUUAUAUAUCCAUGAUUGUAUAUCUCUAUAGUGUUGCCACGAACAACAAAUAUGUUGGUGGCAGCCUCAACUCCAUACUUGCAAAUAUUGAUUUUCACGGAUAACCACACCCAACCCACAAUGAAUAAUUGUUACCCACUAACUACGUCUCUUUUCACGUAUCUUUAUAAAUUAAAAACAUAUAA